CCUUCCCACAAAUCCUUCUAGUUCUACAUACUUCUUCAUUCUAUUGUACUUUGAAUAAUACAUCCGUCCGACCAACCAGCCAAACUUCCAACUCAACCCUUUCAUUGCGAACCUGUGAAAUCCGUCCAAUCGCAUCAUUCACCCAUCUAAGCACGCAAUACAUUCGCCAAAUUGAUACACUAACUGUCAUUUUUUCCUUCUUACUCUGCAACAGUACAUUCUUCUCGUCAUCAAGUGAUGACCACACGUAUUUGUAAUACUCAAAUAUUUUACUAAUUAUUUUUACAUACACUUGAUUCUAUAAACGCAAGCCAUAAAUUUUAUUGAUAUCAAUCAUGGAAGAAGGCAGUUUAAAAGAGUUUAAUCACAAAAGUAGGGAAUUUAUUGACAAAACUAGGACAGCAAAAUCAAGACAAUCAUUUAAAAAUUUUGAAAUUCUUAAAGACUUGACGAUCAUUAGUGUAGUAUUACUUUUAAGCAUAGGAACCCUGCCGAAAAGUGUUCACGCAAAGUUGACAAUCUCGAAAGAGUGCGGAGAUAUAAUUUGCCAACCACAUAAUUAUUGUUCACAAAUUGAUCAUACAUGUCGUCCAUGUCAAGUUGCUUGCGAUCCGACUUUGGGGAAUUAUGACAAAGGAGUUUGCGAGAAAGACUGUCAGGAUUGGCUCCAUGAUUUGUGGUAUAUGAGAAAGCCGGAGAACGAGUCUGACUUCCGAGACGAGUUAUACAUCAAUCUCUACUACAAAGUCCAGGAGGAUUUGAGACUUUUGAAGAUAUUGAUCGGAGUGGUAAUUAUCCUGUCAACUCUGGUGAUGCUAGUCCUCUUCGCCAUCAUGGUUUACUUCAAGAGACUCAGGAACAAGUUUCAACACCAAAGCACCACCAACAGUUCAUAUCUCAAAAAAUCAAAGAAAUUGGCCGACUAUCCAGUAAUUUACAGCAACAGUCAGGUGUUGUCACUUCCGAUCCCUGACAUCCACAAGGGUCCCUCCUCCAACAGUAGCAGCAUUAACAACAAUCUGAGCAGAGGUUCUUCGCCUGACCUCGUCUCGAGGACGGUAACCACUCAGGGCAGCAGUUAUCUCAACAAUCCCUUCUUCCACCCACCCUCGUCCACUACAGCAUACGGGUCCGCCUCGAAAAACAAGAAGGACAGUGGUGCACUAGGCCUUCGAGGUGGGGGCUUCGUGAUGGAAAAUCCUGGGGUCAAAACUCCCACGCUCAAGGAAAAACAGAGCCGGCUGAAGAAAGAGCCUUCAGAGUCGACGCUGCCAGAAUACCAUGGCUAUGACAAUCCUGCCCUCGUCCCCUCCCCAGUGCAUGUCCAUAUGUAGGAACGCAUAGUGCUUAAAAGACGAUCCUAAUUCACUGAAUCUGCAUUCAAAUCGUAUUUGCGACCAUCAUAUGAAAAUUGUGGUGAAAUAUUAAGGCCACGUUAUGGUGGAAGGUGUCAUUAAAUGGAGGGAGGAACUUGGUUUUUAACCACCACCAAAAAUAUAGAUUCAGUGAAUCUGGAUCUCCUUUUAGAUAGAUCUGGUUUAAAUAAGGGAAGCCAAUAUGCAAUCAUAGUACUAUUUAUAGAAUGCAAAGAAUGAUCUUAUCACAAUAUGUAAUUUUUUCACACUAAAUCACAAUAUUCAUUACUGCAGUGAUAUGGGGUAUAUUAGUAAAUAAUAAGAAAAGAAAUGCGAGAUAUGUAUAUACGUAAGCAUUAAGCGAUGAAUAAUGAUUUUAAGUAUUUCUCCUUGGUUUGAUAAUCAAAUUUUGGAUAGAAUGCCAUUUAAUUCUCUGAGCUUUAGAAUAUAUAUAUGUAGAAGGGUACACAUUAAAAUCAUGAAAUCUCAUCUCACCGAAUCUGGGGAUUAUUUUUUUUAUUUUUGUUAAAUUAAUACGCAUUUAUAAGUAUAAUAUUUGUAAACCAAUUUUAGAGCAUUUUCUUUUACUCUUCCGCAACCGCAUGCACUUGAACUUAUUUAAUUUACAUGUCAAGUAUGAGACAUUUUUCAAUUAAGGUUUUCAUAUCUAUUUAACUCCUGCAAUCUGCAGUAAUUACAUUUUGUAUUAAUUAUAAUUGCAAAUUAUUUCGCAUAUGACAAACACCGAUCUAAUAAAGAUGUUUAAAGAUUGAAGAUUGAA